AUGGCAGUAUCAACGUCGUCAACAUCAACACAAUCAGCUGGAUCAUCAUCAAUUAUUUCUGUCAGUCAUCCACAGUUUACCCGUAAUGCAUCAUGUCCAACACAACGAACGUUAUCAUCAACAAUGAAUUCUUCACUUGAAAAAAAAUAUAGUUCUUCAUCAAAUACAUUACAUACAUAUUUUAAUCAAAUAGAUCAACGUUCAAAUACAAUACCAUCACAUCAUUCAACAAUAUUAGAAAAUAAAAAUUUUCUACAAAGAAUGAAAACUCGUGUUGUUAAUCUAUUUAAACAUAUUUCAUCUGGAACAAAUCCAAUAAAUACUCAAGAUAAUCAAUUGGAUAUAAAUCAACAAUCAACAUUUAUUUAUGAUCCUGAACUUGAUUUACGUGAAGAACAUUUAUCACUUGUUG